AAAGAAGAAGAAGAAUAUGUGCUGCUGUUUGCAGUUCACAGACCUACCUUCCUCUGUCGACCUGCAGCUGGAGAGAAGUGACCAUGGCACCUGGAAAGAAGAACAGGGUGUUUGUCAUCGGUGUGGGCAUGACAAAGUUUGACAAACCUGGAAUCCGAGACAACUAUGAUUACCCUGAUAUGGCCAAGGAAGCCGGUCAAAAGGCCCUAGCAGAUGCAGGGAUCCCAUAUUCUUCUAUUGAACAAGCCUGUGUAGGAUAUGUGUAUGGUGACUCCACAUGUGGGCAGAGGGCCAUUUACCACAGCCUGGGCCUGACUGGGAUCCCCAUCAUCAACGUCAACAACAACUGCUCCACAGGCUCCACUGCUAUCUUCAUGGCACGGCAGAUAGUUCAAGGAGGUCUUGCUGACUGUGUGCUUGCCCUCGGUUUUGAGAGGAUGGAGAGGGGCUCUUUGUCCUCAAAGUUUAUGGACAGGACCAAUCCCAUGGACAAGCACAUGGAAGUGAUGAUCAACCGCUACGGGAUGGUGGCAGCUCCAGCAGCAGCGCAGCUGUUCGGCAAUGCUGGCAGGGAGCACAUGGAGAAAUACGGUACAAAACCAGAACACUUUGCCAAAAUUGCCUGGAAAAACCACAAGCAUUCCACCAACAACCCGUAUUCCCAGUUCCAGGACGAGUACAGUUUGGAGCAGGUGAAGGAUUCCAGGAAGGUGUUUGAAUUCCUUACUCUACUGCAGUGUUGCCCUACAUCAGAUGGUGCUGGAGCAGCAGUCUUGGCCAGCGAGGCCUUCGUCAGGAAGCACCAUUUGGAGAACCAGGCAGUGGAGAUAAUUGCCCAAGAGAUGGUGACUGACCUUGCCUCCACGUUUGACGAAAACAGCUGCAUUAAGAUGGUAGGAUAUGACAUGUCUCGGUUGGCUGCCAGAAAGUGUUUUGACGCUGCAGGUCUGAAGCCCAGUGACGUCGAUGUGGUCGAGCUACAUGACUGCUUCUCCGCCAACGAGCUCAUCACGUAUGAGGCUUUGGGGCUGUGUCCAGAGGGUAAAGCUGGAGAGCUUAUUGACAGAGGGGACAACACAUAUGGAGGCAAGUUUGUGGUCAACCCCAGUGGUGGUCUCAUCUCAAAAGGACAUCCUCUUGGUGCCACAGGUCUGGCCCAGUGUGCCGAGCUGUGCUGGCAGCUCAGAGGGCAGGCCGGCAGGAGGCAGGUCCCAGGAGCAAAAGUGGCCUUGCAGCACAACAUUGGUUUAGGAGGAGCUGUGGUUGUGGCUCUCUACAGAAUGGGAUUCCCUCAGGAGGCCAGUUCCCUCAGGUCCCAUGUAGGUGCAAUUCCCACCAGUUCGUGCAGCGGUCUGGAGGGUUUUAAAGCUUACCCUGUCUUCAAAGAGAUCGAAAAUCAUCUACAUGAGGAAGGAGAGCAGCUUGUCAAGAAGAUUGGUGGAGUGUUUGCCUUUAAAGUGAAGGAUGGACCAGAGGGAAAAGAGGCGACUUGGGUCGUGGAUGUGAAAAAUGGCAAAGGUUCUGUCACCAAUGACCAAGGUAAAAAGGCAGACUGCACCUUAUCCAUGAGUGAUGAUGAUCUUCUGGAUCUGAUGACUGGAAAGUUGAACGCACAAACUGCGUUCUUCAAAGGUAAACUGAAGGUCACUGGGAACGUGGGCAUGGCUCUGAAGCUGCAGAACCUCCAGGUUUCACCAGGCAAGGCCAAGCUGUGAGACCCGGAGCUACCCUUUUUGUCCUCUGAGCAACACUUUAACCACAAAUUUGUUGGAAAACUUAAUCUUUCCUAUUAAAUUUUGCUAAUUGACAAGCUCAUUGAAUACUUUGAUAAUUUGUUUGAUUUUGAGAUACGGACCAUAAAGUCUCAGUUCCAGCUGCUACUGAUAUCAGAUCAAACUGUAUAAUAUAUACCCAACUGGUAAUUAUUACUGUUAUUGUUGGAUCUUCUGGAUCCACCAUCUUUAGGUCUCGUAUAAAUUCCGAAGCAAUGCAGUGAAUCUGUAGGAGCUGAUAGCUUAUCAACAACAUCACUGUGCAUCUAAUUGUAAAUCUGUGAAUGAAAUUAUGCUUGUAGUUUAAAGCCAUUUUUGGCCUCAACCAUUUUGAUAGAUAAUUUUUCAUAGAAUAUAUAUCUGUAAAUUAUAGCAGUUGUGUGACAUUAAAAAAAAAAAAAAAAUUCUGACUAACAAAA